AUGGAUGCAACAGCAGAACAACUACUAAACAAUCUGAAGGAUCUUACAUCAUUGUUCAGCGACAGGAUGUCUGAAUUUGAAAAGAAUCUUCAGCAACCAGGUAUGCGAAAGUCCAAUAAAACUGUGAAAUCAUUGGCAGCAGACUUUUCUUCCUUUAAAACAUUUGUGUGGAAGUCGCUCGGUAUAAUCAAAUCACAGGCUUUGGGUGUUAAUUGUCUUGACACACAUUCACGCAGAAAGGUUCUACUACUUCAUGGAAUCAGAGAAGAUAAAGAUGAGGUUGUGCUUUCGAAGAUUUUUGCAGUAUUAAACAACCAAAUGCAGAUGGUUGGAUUGGGUUCCGAUACAAUUGAGACUUGUCAUCGGCUUGGUGCUAAAAAGAAAGAUGUAUUUCGUCCCAUUCUAGUGCGUUUUACUACAAUGAAGCAUCGCAUGGCAGUGUGGAACAGGAAAACUUCACUGAAGGGUUCCAAUGUAACACUGUCUGAGUUCCUGACUAAGGCAAGGCAAGAUAUAUUUGUCGCGGCUCGCAAGCACUUCGGGAGGAAAAAGUGUUAAUCUACUGAAGGUACGAUCAUUGUAUUGACGGCACUAGAAGGAAGAUCUUCUGUAACAGUGAACUCCAACAGCUUAUUCUGA